CAUUCCUUUAUUUAUUUUUAUUUUUAGUCGACAAAUCAGAUGGCUUCGAUUCGUCGAACUCUCUCUCCGGCAUUUCACAGCCGUUCCUACCAGAACGGCGCCGGCGGAUUCUCCUCGUCUCUGCGUAACAAGCUCUUUCAUAACGGGAACGCUAAGCAUUUCCCCUCUUCCACUCCGUCGAAGCUGUUGUUCAGCGCCGUCAAUUUAUUUUACCGUCGAGGAUGGCGGCGGCCUUUUUUCCAUUGUCUCUUCUUUUUCCUAAUAGGGUUGCUUUUCGGUAUUGUUCCGUUGGGACACAUGGAGACCGAUUUCCGACCCGAGGAUUUAGCUCCUCCCGACCUCGGACUGCCGCAUGUCGAUCUCCAAUCGGAGGAUCCGAUUGUUUCUUAUGUUGCAUUGGGCGUUAACACUCGAUUGGAAGAACAAAAGGAAGUUGCCGAUUCAAUAGAGCCUUUAAAGCAGUUAAUCGUCGUUACGCCGACUUAUAAUCGGGCAUUCCAAGCUUAUUUCUUGAACAGGUUGGGCCAAGUUUUGAGGCUAGUGAAGCCGCCGUUGGUUUGGAUAGUGGUGGAGGAGAAAACGGUGUCGUUGGAGACGGCCGAGAUUUUGAGGAAAAACGGGGUCAUGUAUCGGCACGUCGUGUCCACGCGCAAUUCUACUAACGUGAAGGACCGAGGUGUUCAUCAAAGGAACGCCGCUUUGGAACAUAUCGAACGGCACAAGCUUGACGGGAUCGUAUUUUUUGCCGACGACGAUAAUGUCUACACCCUGGAGUUGUUUGAAAGCUUGAGAACUAUAAGCCGUUUCGGAACUUGGCCUGUUGCCAUGCUUGAACGAAGCAAAAACAAGGCUAUUCUGGAAGGUUCAGUUUGCAAUGCGAGUCGAGUAAUUGGAUGGCACACAAAUGAGAAAAGCAAAAGACUUCGUAGGUUUCAUGUUGAUAUGUCGGGAUUUGCUUUCAACAGCACCAUCUUGUGGGACCCAAAGCUAUGGUGACGCCCCUUCUCAAACUCAAUUCGACAAUUGGACACAGUGAAGGAGGGUUUCCAAGAAACAACAUUUAUUGAGCAAGUAGUGGAAGAUGAAAGCCAAAUGGAAGGUAUACCACCUGGUUGUUCGAGGAUUAUGAAUUGGCAUCUACAUUUACAUACCGACAAUCUUGUUUAUCCGAAAGGCUGGCUACUUCAGAAGAAUCUAGAGGUUACCUUGCCUGUUUAGUGAUGAAAGCUCAGUUCCACAACGUUUUAAUGUCGAGGUGGGGAUAAACGGUUCUGCCCGGUGGUGCAUUAGUUAAGCUUAUUCCGAGCCGAUUUGCUGCAAUCAUCGCCAUACAGUAGAGCCUAGUGCCUGCAAAAUUAUUCAUCUGGCAAUGACAAAGA